AGUAGUUUGCCUCAAUAGAACUGUCAAACCGUGCGGCAUCAUCUGUUUACAUUCUCGCCGUCCUCCAAAUUUGUUUUGCUCAGUUUCCGCACCGUUUCCACGCACUGAUGUGCUUGCUUGAUUUGCUCUGAUUGAGUUCCGAUUCCCUCGUGUCUGCCAGGAAAUAACGACUACCCAUCAGAAAUGGCAGGCCGUGGCCGCGGGAAGGCCACCGGUUCCCUCACGCAGGAACAACUGCAAUCGAUGGGCGUUACCAGGAACGAAAUGCAGACCGUUUCGUCCGCCGCACCACCACCGCUGUAUCCGAUUCUGCAGUCGAAGCCGGUUCCUCUGGAGUCAAACGCCGACCGGGAUUAUAAAAUUCUCUGGAAGGAAGACUUCAUAUCGUACCUCCGAGAAUCGCCGUACUACACUACAGUUAAAAGCUCCAAAGGUCCUGUCCAGCGAUACUCCGAUAAGGUCAUUAAUGUAAUAGAGAAUGAUCCGAAGCGCAAGUCCGAAGGCGACUUCCUGUGGAGUCUGAUGCCGGCGGAAUUGAAACCAACGUUCAAGCGGUCAAAGUCGGCUGCCAAUGGGGCAUCGAAGGGUGCCAAGAAAGCCAAGGUGGUGGACAUUAAUGCCAAGCUUAGUGAGCUGGAACAGAAGGAAUCGUUUCUGGAUGAUACGGAUGUUAAGAAGGAGAAGGCAAGCGAUUCUGAGGAUGAAAAGGAUGACGACGAGCAGGAAGAGGAAGUGGCUGACGAAGAGAUGGACGAUGAGAAUGAUUACGGGAAUAAUUACUUUGACAACGGGGAGGGAUAUAACGAAGAGGACGAUAAUUUGGAUGAUGGUCCAGUUUAUUAAAAAGUUUUUGUGGAAUAUGCA